CGGGGUCCAAAAUGGCGGGAGGUUCGCGGGGCUAGUCGGGGAUUCCGCAGCGCCGGGACUGGAACGAAAGCGGAGCCGGGUCCAUCCUCGGGGCGCCCCCUCCCCUCAGCUCUAGCCCGCCCCCGCCGCCAGCAUGAGCAACAUCUACAUCCAGGAGCCUCCGACCAACGGCAAGGUUUUACUGAAAACAACAGCUGGAGAUAUUGACAUCGAGCUAUGGUCAAAAGAAGCGCCAAAAGCAUGCAGAAAUUUCAUCCAGCUUUGUAUGGAAGGUUAUUAUGACAACACAAUAUUUCACAGAGUUGUGCCUGAUUUUAUAGUGCAAGGGGGAGAUCCCACUGGUACUGGAUCAGGUGGAGAGUCAAUCUACGGGCUCCCCUUCAAGGAUGAAUUCCACUCACGAUUGCGUUUUAAUCGAAGAGGACUGGUUGCUAUGGCAAAUGCUGGAGCUCAUGAUAAUGGCAGUCAGUUUUUCUUUACACUGGGCCGUGCAGAUGAACUUAACAACAAGCACACCAUUUUUGGAAAGAUUACUGGGGAUACCAUAUACAAUAUGUUACGACUGACUGAAGUAGAAAUUGACAAAGAAGAAAGACCAUUCAAUCCACACAAAAUAAAAAGUAGUGAGAUUACUGGGGAUACCAUAUACAAUAUGUUACGACUGACUGAAGUAGAAAUUGACAAAGAAGAAAGACCAUUCAAUCCACACAAAAUAAAAAGUAGUGAGGUUUUGUUUAAUCCUUUUGAUGACAUCAUUCCAAGAACAAAUAAAAAGCUGAAAAAGGACAAACCAGGGGAAGAAGUAAAAAAGUCAAAAUCCAAAGGCACAAAGUAA